GCAACAAUAAAAACAAAAUGUGCAUCACAUGUGUGAACGACAUGUGUAGUCUUUGAUAAAAAACUAGAGUUCAUUAGUGCUAUUAUAAUUGUAUUUAUAAUUGUGCUCCGUUUCGAUUUUGAAACUAGUUUUUGAAAUUGAAAUUAAAAAAUGCACUUCUUAAAUAUUGCAACAAUAUUUUUGAUUACAAUUUUCCUAUUCUACUACAAACUUAUCUAUAAUUUUAUCCGCGAUCGCCUCAGAAUCUACAAAUAUAUGAGAAAAUUCGAUGGACCUUAUUCCUUUCCAAUUAUUGGUACUUUAUACAUGGUGAAUAUCUUUGAUAUUUCAAAAUUUACAACCCAAUCCAUGGAAUUGGCUCAAUACUAUUGCCAAAAAGGUUGUGGUACCAUUGGACUCUGGCUGGGGCCUGUACCUUUAAUUGCUGUUAUCAAUCCGCAGCACGCGAAGGAAAUAUUGGAGUCUAAUGAGGUUAUCACAAAAGCUGAGGAAUAUGAUAUUUUAUUCCCAUGGCUUGGAACGGGACUAUUGACGUCGACAGGUUCAAAAUGGAGACAACGCCGAAAAAUGCUCACCCCAGCUUUUCACUUCAAAGUUUUGAACGAUUUUCUGAGUGUACAUGACUAUCAGGCCAAGGUUUUCCUCGAACAAAUCAAACCUUACGCGGAUAGUGGGAAGGAGGUGGAUUUGUUCCCAUAUAUAAAACGAUUGGCACUGGAUGUGAUUUGUGACACAUCUAUGGGAGUUACAAUUGAUGCUCAGAACAAUCAUGAUCAUCAAUAUGUUGAAUCAGUCCGUCUACUGAGUGAGUACGCUUUUGAGUGGAUUCUUCGCCCCUGGCUCCGGCUGAAGCCUUUAUGGUACUUGACUGGACCCGGCCAUGAGUAUGACAGACAUCUGAAAAUUGUCACAGAUUUCACGAAAACUGUGAUCAAGGAGAAAUGGGAAGAGUUCCAGAAGUUUCAUGUAGAUCCAGUAGUGAAGACGGACAAACGGAGCAUGGCGUUUUUGGAUUUGCUAUUGGAAUUGAGAAAUGAAGGAUUAAUGAAUGAAGAUGAUAUUAGAGAAGAAGUGGAUACGUUUAUGUUUGAAGGCCACGACACAACAUCAGCGUCAAUGGGAUGGACUCUAUGGUGUUUGGCUCAUAACCCGGAAUUUCAAGAAAAGGUUAUUCAAGAAGUUGAUGGUAUAUUUGGAACUUCUGAUAGAGACUGCACAAAUGAUGAUUUGAAGCAAAUGAAAUAUCUGGAAAAGUGUCUGAAAGAGUCUUUAAGAAUGUAUCCGUCAGUGCCAUUUUUUGGAAGAACGGUGGAGCAGGAUGUGGUUAUUAACGGUGACUUCUUCCCAAAAGGAGUCCGAAUAAUUGUGAUGCCACUACUGCUCCAACGCAAUCCUCUCAUCUUCGAUAACCCAAAUCAGUACAACCCGGAAAACUUCAGCGAAGACAAAAUCGGAUCUCGACAUGCCUACUCUGAUAUCCCAUUUAGUGCUGGACCCCGAAAUUGCAUUGGUCAAAAGUUUGCGAUGAUGGAGGAGAAAGCAGUGAUCUCGUGGUUUUUCCGAAAGUACCGGGUCACUGCGAGCCAGCCUUUCGGGAUGAAUAAAAUUCUGCCAGAAUUGAUAUUAAAAAGCUCGUUGGGAUUUCCGUUGACAGUGCAUCAUCGGACUGAUAAUAAGUGAAAUGUUUUAUUUUUUUAUCAAAAAUACAUUAUUAAAUAAAUGUUGAUUAAAGCUUU